UUAAAGUUUUUAAAUUUUCAUACAAAGUGUAUAAUUUCAUUUCCAUCAGAUGUGCGUGUUUUGUCAUUGGUUUGAUUAACCAGGUGUGACAAACGACAAAAAAAAAAAAUGCCUAGGCCAGGUCGAAAUACAUAUGGUGAUCAAAAGCCACCAUAUUCUUACAUAUCAUUAACAUUUAUGGCAAUACAAAGUUCAGAAGAGAAAAUGCUCACAUUAAAUGACAUCUAUAAAUUCAUUAUGGAUCGAUUUCCAUACUACCGGAAAAAUACGCAAAGAUGGCAAAAUUCCUUGCGUCACAAUCUGUCUUUCAACGAUUGUUUCAUAAAAAUUCCACGGCGUCCAGACAAACCAGGCAAAGGUAGUUAUUGGGCUUUACAUCCAAAUUCUGGUGAUAUGUUUGAGAAUGGAAGUUUUUUACGUCGUCGUAAACGUUUUAAAUUGAUGAAUGGCCGUUCAAUAAUGGCAAAUGGUCGAAAAAUGGAUCAUGAAAUGAAUGAUUUGAAAAAUUAUGAUUCAUCCGACAGUAUGGAUGAAAAAUCGAACAAAUCAUCAUCGAUGAUCUUACCAUUUGCUCAUCACCAUGAUGAUGAUCAUCAUCAUUACAAAUCGAUAACAAUGAAAUCGAAUCAAAAAUCUGGAAAAAAUGACAAAAUCAAAUCAAUGGCUUGCUUGAAUAAUAUUGAUAACGAUAGACAAACAACGAAAACGUCGAAAACAUCAUCAUUUGCAAAACAAUCAUUUUCUAUUGAACAUUUAAUUGGGCCGCAAAAAGAUUCGACUACGGCCACAACAAUUAAAUCGAAUCCAUUGUCUGGAUUAAUUGUAAAUAAUACAGAUGUAGCUGCAACCGCUAAUGCAAUUCAAGCAGCACUUUCAGCCGCAUCAUCGGUUUCAAAUCAUUCCUUAUUUUUAUCAUCAGCAUCUGGUCAUCAUCAACAACAACAACAACAACCACAUUUAUUUCGCACGGAAACGGGUAAUCCGUUUCGUUCGAUAUCAUCAACAACAUCGGGACUGCCACUUUUAUCGCCACCAUCGACGACGACAACGUCAACAACAGUAGCAUCAAAUUCACCACCAUCAUCUACUGCUGCUGCUGCAUUAGCGGCAUUAAAUCCACUAACGUGGACAACAUCACCAUAUGCAGUGGCCGCUGUUGCAGCUGCCUCAUUAUCAUCACAAUUGAAUGUUCCAUUAUCAUCGGCCGAAUUUCCUCAAUUAUUCAACGCUUCAUUGUUGAACGGCAAUAAUAAUGCUGCAAUGACAAACAACAACAACAACAACAAUACUAAUAGUGAUUCCUUCUCAACAAAUCUAGCCAAUCAAUUGUCGUUUGUGCGACAGAAUUUCUUUCAGAAUAUUUCUCAUUUUCAGACAUUUGCAUUUGCAGCCGCUGCUGCUGCGCAAGCUGCUCAAAUUAAUCAUCAUCAUCAUCAUCAUCCUAAUCAUGAUGCUGCCGAAUUAUUACGUGCAGCAGGUUCAGCAACACUAACACCACCACCAAAUUCAUCAUCACCAUCACCACCGAUACGUGUAGAUUCGGUCAGUAGUCAAACAUCAACAAGAUCAUUGGACAUUUUGAAUGAUGCCAUUGCAUUCAAAUAAUAUUUAAAAUCAUCAUAAUAGAUUGACACACACACACACACAAAUCAUCACCAUUCUAUAAUUUGAAAACACGAAAAAAACGAAAAAAUUCUCAACACUCACCUUUGAUAUUUACUUAAAUUUAAAAGAAAAAUCUCAUUUCACCCACACACAGCAACCCACCUUAAUUGAAAUAUAUGUAGGCAAAUUCAGUUUGAAUUUCAGUCAAUCAAUCAAUCGAUAUAUAGAAUCAAACGACAAUGACAUCAUCAUCAUUUUGUAUCUCAACUCAUCUCUCGCAGACAUUUGUAUUUUAUAAAUUUGUAAUUCAAAUUACCGAAUUUUAAACAUAAAAAAUUUAAUUUCAGCUGACAACGAUUGAUUUUUUUCUUGUUCAAUUUUUUCUCUGUUUGUUUGUAAAU